AUGUACCUGCGCUACUUAAGAGUCGUCAUGGGCGGUAUCCCUAACCUCGGCAAGACGUGCUCGUUCUCCGCCGUUGAGGACAUUGUCACACGGCUGCCACAGGCCGGAACCAUCCCGGCCAAGCUCAUGCGCGCAGUGUAUAACCCCACCAUCGAGACGGCUCGAGCACUGGCAGAUUACCUCGAGGUCAGUGGCCCAGUAGCACCAUUGGGUGUCGUAGUUAAAAUGAUCGAAGGCAGCCGUGAUAUUGCGGCGGACUUCACCGGAUACAAGACGUCUGCCCACAGGUGUAAAAUAUGCGGUAAAGCGCGAGAUGCAAACGAAAAGCCCCCGCAGUGGUCCACGUGA